UAAUUCUAGCAAAGCCAUGAACACUUUUUCAAUACCCCACUUUGUUCUUCUUGUCAUCACCUUCAUGCCAUUGCAAAUUUUAUGCAAGGAUCAAUCACUCAAAGGCAUCGAUUUGAUCACAAAAACAUGUGAAAAUUCAAGGUUCAGGACGCUCUGCAUUGCUGCUCUAACAUCUGAUAGUGAGAGCAAAUCAGCCAAUCUGCAAGAUCUUGCAAAAAUUUCUCUAAAGCUCGCCCUGUCGAAUGCCAGUGAAACAAACCAUUACAUCUCCGAAUUGGUGGGCAAAACAAAGGACGCAUACAUGCAACAAUGUCUGCAAGAUUGCUCAAAGAACUACAAGCAAGCGGCUGAGCAGAUUAAAGACUCCAUGAAGGCUUUGAGUUCUAAAGGUUUUGAAAAGGUCAAGACUUGGGUUAAUGGUGCCAUGAGCAAUGCCGAGUCCUGUCAAGAUGGUUUCCAUAAGAAAAAAGGUUAUAAAUGCCCAAUUAGUCCGAUGAAUAAGUUCUUCAGCCAGCUCUGUAGCAUUUCGUUAUCCAUCACAAAUCUUUUUGAUUAAUGUUCUGGGAAGUACUGGAAACAGUCUUCACAGCUAAAUUUUUACUAAAAAUUUUGGGAUGAUUUAUGGUCAGUAACCACAUUUUUAUGUUUACAAUGUUAAUGGAAGUCUGGCCUUUUGAGUUAAA